CCCAAAUAUCGGUUGCCUAUUGCUACGUGACCUCAUCGAUCAAACAAUUCCCAUAUUCAAAACGACCUCCACCCAUUUCCUGAAGCUGUGAUCCUCCGAUUCUGCAUAAAGGCAAAUUGUCCUGCAGCUUUUGGUCGAUAAUUGUUGAGCAGGUCCAUCGGGAAAGAUUUUAGAGUCAAUUUUAUAUCUGAACUGCAUCUGGAAACUGCCGAAAUGGAGGUUAUGGAAGAUGGAAACUUGAUGGAUAAGGUUCUCAUAUUGAUACAAAGGGAUAUGGAUUAUUACAGGGAGAAACAGGCCAUAUUACAAGAAGUCAUUUGUCCUGGAGUCGUUGGAGGUCUCCUGGACUUCCCAAGAUUCGUUUCUUUCGCUUCCAUGAAGCUAGUCCUAUGGUGGGAGGAAGAAUAUGUCGCUGCUUAUAGGAAAAGUUCAGGUUUCAUCAGUAACAUACCAAUUGGUAGUGGAGACAACCUUGAGGAAGAUGGAGAUUGUGAAAGUGUGGUGAAAGCUUCAGAUCCGAAGAGGUUCGUCCAAGCUAUAAGCAACUCCGCUAAGAAUCUCUUAGACCAUCUCCACGUAGUGACUCAAGAAGCACUAGAUCAUGCUGACUUGACAGUUCUAACAGGAACCAUUGGUGCAGCAUCUCUGCUGAAGAACUGCUUGUGGUUUUACAUCCAAUCCAUGGGAAAUACAGACAAAGAUCUUACAGGAGUCUUGCAGGAAACCUUCAAGAACUACCAGGAAAUGGAGGAGGCUCUAGCUGAGAGGUUGUUGGAUCUUCACUGCAGGUUGGUGACUCUGUACAUCCUGCAGGAUGCUGAUUGCUUGGACUGGGAAAACGCCAGUCCAUUCUUUGAAUUAGAGAGAGGAUCUUAUGUCAUACAGAUGUGGUGGCUUUAUAUGAAAGGUACAAGGGAGGAUCUUUGGAAUACUGUUCCUCCUAAUAUGGCGAAAAGGGUAUUUGUGGGCAUUUUGAAUGAAUCUCUUACUAUACUGACGGUGCGUUAUGUUCAAGCUGCACCUUCAGAGCCAAGGACAAAACUGCUGAUAGCCGAUUUGAGCAACUUGUUGCUGUGUGUAGCGCAACUGUUGCCAAGUGUUUGUGACAACGCUGAAGAAUACAUGGGAAUAGCACUGAACAAUAAGUCUAAAAUUCUGAGGGACAUCCAUUGUAAAUGCCAGGAGCUGUUAUACUGUCUUAUGCUCAAAGGGGCACCUCUGGAUAUACUGAAAAGGCUCUUCAGAAAAGGCAUCGAGAAAAUGGAAUUGUUGAAAUGCAAGACUUCCGGUCCCCUUCCCUGGAUUUGCUUCUCCUUGCCACAUAUAUUCAAGCAAAUUCCCAGGAACGUUCUGAAACUCUCGGAGUUUGCGGGAGAUGUAGAAAUAACACUUGAACUCAUGGUGUUAUUAGCACAGCCACAGCCUUGUUGGAGUUUACUACUUAAGGUCUUAGGACUCAGAGAUUGCAGGUUAUUGAAAAUCCUCAUCGACUUAUGUUCCGUCGAAUGCAUGGAAGAAAUCACCACAACAAAGUCGAACAAAGAAAAGUGUUCUGGUUUUCUUUGUGUCAGAGACGGCCAAUGUAACGUCGAGGAUACAUCUUCGUCAAUCCAACUCUACAACCUUUUUAGGGCGACUGCUGAUGUAGUUUUGACAAUAGGCAAUUCCCAAGAAAUCUACAAGGUUCUCCUGGAACCGAUCUGCCAAAAAACGGAUUGGGCAAAAUGUUUGGAUAAGAGGCAUGUAUGGAACCAGAUAAAACCUGCUUGGUUUUUGGCGGUGAUGGACCUAGCCAAACCCAUCUUGCCCAAAACUAUUCAAACCACCAUCCAUGCCAUCAAAACAGGUGCCAGUAUGUACCAAGCGAUGGCCAUCAUUGUUGUCUGCUUUGGCUACUACUGGGACUGCCUGGGUCCAACCCUCUCCAAAGUCACUAGCAUGAUUCAGGACUUGAUACCUUCAGAGAUAACACCUCUCAGUAAUUCUGUACUGCUGCAGACUCUCAUAUCGGCACUUUAUUCUGAACUAUUGCAGCUCUCCUCGGAGAAAAAAAAGCAACUAACGAUCGUCGAACAACCUGAAACAAACGAAGCUAAUAUCGAACCCUCAGCGACUUUUGACGGUACCAUCAGCAGUGACAACGAGAUUGCACUAGCUCUAGCUGAGGCACUUUGCUGCAUAGACGAAGACAACAAACAUACCGAUCAGAUCGAGCAGUUCCUGGAAGAAUCGAAGAGGUCCAUGGAACCAUCUGAGUUCGAAGAGAGGGGAUCAGCAAGAGUGGCUUGUGCGCAGAUGUGCGAAAACCUGACCGGCGACAUGCUGGUAACUCAGCACGGCAAGAGGAAUCUGAAGGUUUCAUUUGACUUCAUCAAGAGCAAUUCAGAUUGGAUCUACCAGCAAUUAGGUACAGGAAAACCACAAGGUAACGUUCUGAAACCUGACAAAAUCAGUCCUUCCACUGAGUCUCUUCUCUACACUAUGUUCCACAUCGGCUCAAAACCGUUCGACGAGAUCCUGAGUGGAAAUUGGCAGCCAGAUUGGAUGAGCCUACUACAGACACCGAUGGGAUUGAGCACAGAGAAAAUAUCAACCCAUAUCCAACGCAGAUGGGAGUUUCGUGACGUAAAUUCUACUUCUUUGACAGCUCAAGACGUACAAGCUAUCAACAAUAUCUCCUCUUCGCUAAAGAACAGCCAGUAGGAGGUUUUCAACAUUAUUGUUGAUACACAAGCUUGUACUGCUUCUGUUCAUUCUGCGUUCGGUUAGUUAGGUUCUUUGGGGUGUAUGGUAAAGCA